AUGGAAACGGCUUCCAAGAACCCGCCGGAAGCCGCCGAGGUGACCGCGUACAUCUCGGAGGUGCGGCUCGAGUCCUCCUCCGCGACCGUCGGCUUCUCGGAGCCCUGCCCCUGCUGCGGGAACAGGAAGCGCCGCUGCCUCCACCCCCCAGCCCGCUCCCGAAAGAAGCUCCUCGUAUUCGAUCCCACCUCCGCCUCGGCCUCCGCCUCCUCCUCCCCCUCCCCCACCCGCCCCGUCCUCCUCCGCUCCGAGUCGUCCCCCCACCCCUCCUCCUCCCGCCGCGCCGGCCCCUCGCUAACGCCCUCGCCUCCCCCGCCCUCUGCCUUCCUCCGCUCCCACUCCUUCCCCUCCGCCCCGCUCGGCCGCACCGCCUCCCCUGCUUUCCCUUCCAGUGUUGAAUCGCCUGCCGAGGCCUUCGGCUCCCCUCCGCCGAACGCCGUCCCUCCCUUCGUUCACCUGUGCUCGGAUCCUGUCCCCCCAAUGUCGCCGCCGUCGUUUUUAGUGCCCGUGCCAUCGGACCGUCGCGUCGAGCGGUCCAAUUCCAGCGAAAGCACCCCACCAGCGGCGGCGACGGCGAUAACCUGCCCCGCGCCUAGCAAUAAGAGGGUCCAGGAUCGCGAUGGCGGGGCGGAGUGGCGCAAGAGGCAGGCGGUGAGGGUGAGCGUCAACUGCGAGUGCGGUGUCGUCCGGGAGGUGGUCCUCCUCCAGCAGUAGAGAGAGAUCAUCCUUGCAAUGGCCCUCUCAUCCGUUGAUUGGGAGAUUCACGAUCCAUGAUGACUGGCUUUUGUUUUCUUCUUCUUCUUCUCCUGUCGGAUAUCCCCCAAGGAACUGAUUCAGGUUGCAUAUGGUACAGGAAAGAUGCCUUGAAACACACCCAUCCACGUUCCAAGGAACUCAAUUCUUGCACCCCUAAACAGCUUUGUCACCCUAUCCUCAUUCGAAAGGUUAGUAACGAUGUCGAGCUUGGAUAUGUACAGUGGGGUGUAAAGAAUUGAUUGUUGUACAAACAUGUUGAAAGAAAAUCUUUGCAAGGAACUGAAA